AUGGCGUCCACCCACACGUCCGACGUUGAUGUGCUGAUGUCUGUUCUCUCGGCUAUGGCAGUGCGCCGCCAGAACCAGACCGACGAUCCCCUGGUGACGACGCAGCGCCCUACGACCACUCUCAAGGAGAUUCUCGAAAAGAUUCGCGCUAAUCAGGACCAGAUUCGUGAACUCGAUCUCAAGGACAUGGCGGCCAAGAAACGCAAACUACGAUCGUCAGGCGGCGAUUUGGUGGCCCGUGUCUUCCAGCUGAACCACACGGUAAAGCGGCUUUUGCUGCCUGGCCAUGAGAUUGGAGACGUUGGGGCUACGUCGAUGGGCAACAUGCUUCGAGCCAACAAUACCUUGGCCCACCUGGACCUACGAGGGAACGAGAUUACAGUGCAAGGCGUACGCGCCCUCAGCGACGCUCUGUAUGGUCACGAAGCACUUGAGUACUUGUGCAUCUCAAGUAAUCAAGUCGGAAACGAGGGGGCAAAAGCUCUAGCCAAAGUGCUGCCCUUCAACGGUUCAUUAAAAUCGAUCGAUCUCGCGAAUAACGAGAUUGGCGAGGAAGGGGGCAGUGCCUUGCUGGAGGCAGUGCUGCAAAACAGGUCGCUCGUUAGACUACGAUUGGUACAGAAUGACAUCCCACAAGACAUUUUGGACAAGAUUCGGGCGGCUUUGGUUGUCAACAAACUCAUGCAGAAAAAAGUAAAGAGAGAUGAGACGAAAAGUCGACAAACGGGAGACAAGGGCGACGAGGCGUCGGAAAACAUGGGAGAACAAGAGAGCGACAGCUCCAGUGAUAAUGAAGAAGAGGAUGAGUCGCUCUGGAUUUGA